CUAGGGACAGCCUGUGCAGUCCAGGCAGCAAAGGCUUCUGGGGUAAAUGUCGUGGGGGCGGGGCUCCUCACCCUGACGGGGCCCAGCAGCCAGGGCGCUGCUGCUGCUGCUGCUGCUGCGGUGGAGAAAGGGACACACGUGCGCUCCCGGCUGCCGUGGCCCAGGGGACCCUGCCCUUGCCCUUGCCCCUGCCCUGUGGCAUUCGGCAUGUACCAAGGGAAUCUGGCAGGCGAAUGCCAGGCCCUGUGCUGAGUGCUAGGGACGGGCAGCGAGCACGGAGCGGUCCGAUGAGGGCGGAAGGUGACUGUCCCAGGGAGGACCUGCUGCGCAGGAAGCAGGCGACAAAGGAGCCAGCAGUUUGGAAAGAGACCUCCCCGCCUCCCAGGCACCUCGCACCCUCCAGUGCUUUGGGAGCACGGGGCAGAGCCGUACCAUGGUCACGGCCAUGCCUCUACGUCUGCACGUCUGCGCGUCUGUGGCGCGAGCCCCUGACAGGGAGCUCUUCGGGGUGUGAUGCAAGGGCCUGGAGUAGGCUUUGGGCGGCCACGGCGCCCACUGCAAAGACUCCCAUCUGGAGUGAACACAGCGACGGCUACACAACGGGCCGGGCCGCCGGGCCGCCCCACCCAGGAAGUCCCCCCGCAGAAAGCCUUGUUUCGCGUUCCCUGAUGGUUAUUUCUGAAGUGCAGCUUACAGUCCUACUAAGAACCACAGGGGCUGGCCUGGACACAGCACCGACUCUGGCCGGGGAACGCCAAUGGGGUCGCCCCGUGGUCCCGGCCCAGCGCGGGGCCCGGGCAGCCCCAGCAGCGAGCUGCGUGGACAGCACCAGCCACGAGCGACUAAGCAUUUCUGCGUCUAUGAACGGACUGAACCCGCACAACGCCCCCUGCAGUGGGUGCAUCGCCAUCUAUCGUGUCCGUCUGGCAGGGGAAGGGGCUGGAGCGGCUCGUCCAGGACGGCACAGAGUGUGACCUGAACUCAGACCGACUGUCCUCAGAGUCCUCGCUCUUGACGUUACUCUGAGAAGGACCCUGGGGAUUUGCAGAAGGUGGGCUGGGGCCGGGAGAGCGGCAGCAGUGGGGCCCGGGUCAUGGUGAGCCUUGCCCGUCCGGCUGUGGAAUUUGGACUCUGUCCCAGAGCCAUGAGUGACGUGACCCCGGAAGGUGGACAGACGCAACUGGGUGGGUCAGAAAGAGAGAGAGAGAGAGAGAGGGAAAAUGGGGUCCCUAUAGAACAAGAAGUUUAGUGGUAAAAGCCUGAAUGUUUAUCAGCCAGGUGUGAGCAAAAAUUAGUGUUUUGAGGCUGACUCAACCUGGGGGCUUGGCUUCCAGGAGCACAAGGGAAAUUUCCACGCACCUGGGGGCGCCCCUGUAUCUGUGACACUAGUCUUGUCGAGGCCCCUGGGCCUGGUCGCGGCAGGUGCCCCCGAGUGUCCGUCCUUCGUGGAAGCAGCGUCUCUGCCGUAGGCAGACCUGCUCGCCGACCUAGCGGCAGCAGGGGGCAGUGUGGGGCGGGGUCCCCGCUGCUGUCCUCGCCCACGUCCCACCCGUGUCCCACCGCAGAGCGGCUCGGCCACAAAUGGCACCACUGGGGUCACGUCGGCACUUUCGUCAGCGUUCACCGCGGACCUGGCACAGAGGCCCUGCUCCUCGAGUAGUCGUGUCAUUCAAGCCUGACGAGCUCCGCAGGUGGCCGCGAGGCCCGUCUCCUUCCUUACAGAUGGGGGAGCACCUGCCUCGGCCCCGAGAGCUGGAGAGAGGCAGCCAGGCACGUGCACCGGCCCGGCCACGCCAGGGCCCAUCCUCUUGAACCCCCUACGGCCACUGUGGGAUCCAUCCCUCCUGGUGGGCGGGACGGGCCCCACGGUGUCAAUGGGGCAAGGACACACGGGCAAGCAGGGAGCCACCUGGAAGCCUGUUCUGGAGGAUCCGGGGCCCCCCGCUUCUCCCCCCGCAGCCCAGCUGCAAAGCUGGGCUGGGUCUCGGAACAUCCUAGAGGGCCGAGCCUUCCGGCGCCGGACCCCUGCAGAAGGUGGUAACGAUGCAGGUGCCCCUGUGGAGCCUACGGCUGACGGCUGUGAAGGGCCUGCACCCAAGGUCUGUGGGUCUCCUCGUCCGCUUUGCAAAGGGAGCCACAGGGACA